GGAAGUGAGACGUCGCCGAGGUGGAGGAACUGGGUUAGGGAACAUCAUGUCCGCGGAAGUCCCUGAGGCGGCCUCAGCCGAGGAGCAGAAGGAAAUGGAAGAUAAAGUGACUAGUCCAGAGAAAGCUGAAGAAACAAAAUUAAAAGCAAGAUAUCCUCACCUGGGACAGAAGCCUGGGGGUUCAGAUUUUCUAAGGAAACGAUUACAGAAAGGGCAAAAAUAUUUUGAUUCUGGAGAUUACAACAUGGCUAAAGCUAAGAUGAAGAACAAGCAACUGCCCACUGCAGCUCCGGAUAAGACAGAGGUCACUGGGGACCACAUUCCCACUCCACAGGACCUUCCUCAGCGGAAACCAUCCCUCAUCGCUAGCAAGCUGGCUGGCUGAUUAAAAGAGCUGAACUGCAUGAAUCUUCUAAUUCCCAUUAUUCCUCCUUAAUAUGUGACUUAUCCACUUCUGUUUCUUUUCAUUCACUAAGUCUUUUGAGACUGACAGCUUUGCAGGUAGCGGUAGUGUGUGCUGCUAUUGUAAGGGACUGUUCUUUUGUAGAGGUUUUGAUUAGCUUAACAGUGCACUGAUGAGAAGGACAUAUUAGAACAACAUAAGUAAUCUACUUGAAAAUAAUUGUGUAUAUUACCUAACUUCUAAUGUAGGACUGGUUCCAACAACUAACAAAGCAAGUUGUACCAUUUUAAUGUUCUGACUUUCUUUCUCCAUCUUAAUUAUAUCUUCAUACGCUAACUCCUGUUUAAUA